AUGAUGCUUUUAAAUAUUUUUCACUACUUUGGUUUUAAUUCACUAACAACCGUUACGACAACAGCGGAUACAACAAAAACAUCUACUACGGAAAAAUUUAGUGGUGGUUCAUUAAGUGCAACCACUGUUGCCGGCAUCAAUGGGUCAACUGGAUCUACAUUGUCAGCAUUCAACGGUAUUCGAUACAUUACUGUUGACUCAACAAAUGCCUAUGUAUAUGCAGCCGAUUUUUAUAAUCAUCGUAUUAUGCGUUAUUCAACCAGUUCAACAUCCGGCACGAAUGGAGUUGUUGCAGCUGGUGAUAAUGGAGGUGGCUACGCGAAUACAACACUGUUCUAUCCAUGGGGUUUCGGUCAAUAUCAAUCUGUAAGCAAUGAUUUAUUUAUAACGAGCUAUUAUGGACAUACAGUAAUUCGAUGGACAUCGGACGCAUCAUCAGGUUAUUAUAUUGCUGGUGUUUUAGGUGCAUCUGGUAAAACGCCUAUUCUUGUAUCUAAUCCCAUGGGUAUUAAAGUUGACAGUUAUCUUAAUAUGUAUGUUGCUGAUAGUGGCAAUAGUCGAAUUCAAAUGUUUUGUGCUAACAAUCAAACUGGCAUCACUAUUGAUGGGACUGUUGUAGGUGGCAGUGGUGCCGCACAAUUGAACGCACCCAGAACCAUCGUGUUCGAUUCGGCAAUGAAUCUAUACGUUUCUGAUAGAGGAAAUUCUCGUGUUCAAAAAUUUUACCAAUUGUAA